AUGGGGCGUGUGUGGCUAAAAAAAAUUCGCCUUAACUGGCAAGAGGUGAGGAAGCUGUCACCCAGCUCCACUCAACUGCAGGUGAUACUGGAAAAACAUGAAGAGGUCUUUCGUGAGGAAUUAGGCAGCAUGAAAAAUAUCACAGUGAAGUUGCAUGUAAAACCUGGAAGCAAACCUGUGUUUUUGAAGGCGAGACCAGUACCAUAUGCUAUUAGACCAAAGGUGGAAGCAGACCUGGAUGCCAUGGUCAAGAAUGGGGUUUUAGAGCCUGUGACAACAAGUGAGUGGGCCACACCCAUUGUUCCAGUGCAAAAAAAAGAUGGUGGUAUUCGGACCUGUGGGGACUUUAAGGUGACCCUUAAUCCUGUUCUAACAGUAGAGCAGUACCCCCUUCCCCGGAUUGAUGACUUAUUUGCGGGACUGAGUGGAGGAGAAAAAUUUAGCAAAAUAGAUCUCAGCCAAGCUUACCUGCAAAUGCAUGUGGAGGAGCAGUCACGUGAAAUGUUGACUAUAAACACGCAUAAAGGACUUUUCAGGUACUGCAGACUGCCUUUUGGCAUCACCUCAGCCCCGGCGAUGUUUCAGCGGGCAAUGGAUCAGAUCCUCAGUGGCUUGCCAGGAGUGCAAUGCUACCUUGAUGACAUACUUUGCACAGGAGCAAACGAUGAGGAGCAUCUGCGCAACUUGGAUGCUACCUUACAAAGACUGAAAGAAUAUGGCUUGAGAGUUCGCAAGGAGAAAUGUGAGUUCUUUAAACCAUCUGUAGAGUAUCUUGGACAUGUGAUUGAUGCUAAAGGACUCCAUACUGCACCAUCAAAAAUCGCAGCUAUUGUGGAUGCACCUCCACCUCAGAACGUCAGCCAACUGCGAUCCUUCUUAGGAUUGUUGAACUAUUACGGACGUUUUAUUCCCAACUUGGCAUCACUGCUACAGCCGCUACAUGAGCUGCUACGCCAAGAUAAGACAUGGAAAUGGACAGCAAAUUGUCAGGAUGCUUUUCAGAAAGCUAAGAGCGUGUUGACCACAUCAGAGGUUCUGACUCACUUUAACCCCUCACUUCCGCUCCAGCUUGCCUGUGACGCAUCUCCAUAUGGAGUGGGAGCUGUUAUUUCACACAUCCUGCCAAAUGGCGAAGAAAGGCCGAUUGCAUUCGCAUCAAGAACACUGAACAAGGCAGAGACUAACUAUGCUCAGUUGGAGAGAGAGGCAUUGAGCAUCGUUUUUGGAGUCAGAAAAUUUCAUCAGUACUUGUAUGGGAGGAAGUUCACACUCCUAACUGACCACCGACCUCUCACAACCAUCCUUGGACCACAUACAGGGAUACCAUCUCUGGCUGCAUCAAGACUGCAGAGGUGGGCUUUGUUGUUGUCUGCACAUUCAUAUGAUAUCAAGUAUCGCAAAUCAGACUCUCAUUGCAACGCGGAUGGUUUAUCCAGACUGCCGCUUCCUGUCACCAAGCCUGAGUCAAACACUGUGGACAUAUGCUACUUCAGUGAGGUGACAAAAGCACCUGUUUCAGCUGUGCAGGUCAAGAAAGAGACUCUCAAUGAUCCACAAUUGUCAAAAGUCAUGGACGUUGUUGUUAAAGGUCAACCUGCUGGUGAUGACAUGCAUCUAAAGCCUUACCUCGGGAGGAGGUUGGAACUUUCUGUCCAGUCCGGGUGUUUGUUGUGGGGGAGGCGGGUUAUCAUUCCGCUGUCACUUCAUGCAAAAGUGUUGCAACAGCUACAUGCAGGUCACAGUGGAAUAGUUAGAAUGAAAGAAAUGGCGAGAAGCUACUUUUGGUGGCCAGGCAUGGACAAGCAAAUCGAAGAAAUGGCUACAACCUGUCCAUCUUGCCACAAAGUCAGAAAUAAUCCGCCACCAGCUCCCCUUCAUCCGUGGGAGUUCCCACAAGAACCUUGGCAUCGUGUGCACAUUGAUUUCGCAGGACCAUUGGAAGACAGAAUGUUUCUGGUUGCUGUUGAUGCACACAGUAAAUGGCCUGAAGUGGCUAUAAUGAGAUCAACAACCACAGAGAAGACAAUCGAAAAGCUAGGUGAAAUGUUCAGUCGUUUUGGGUCUCCUACUCAGUUGGUUUCUGAUAAUGGACCCCAACUUGUCUCUCAGGAAAUGUCUGCAUUUCUACAAGCCAAUGGAGUUCAGCACAUCACUUCAGCUCCCUACCAUCCUGCAACCAACGGCCUUGCCGAAAGGUUUGUUCAGACUUUAAAACAUGCACUGAAAACAUCAAAAGGACAAGGGACGUUACAUCAGAGACUGCACAACUUUCUGUUGAACUAUCGUAACACCCCACAUGCCACCACAAAGACAUCUCCUGCUAACCUGAUGCUAAAGAGAGACCUGCGCACCACAUUUGACCUCUUGAAGCCUACAGCGGUGAAGGACAUUGUCCAAGGUCAACAAGAGAAACAGAUAAAGCGCAGAGGAAAACAUGCCAAAGACCGAACUUUCACACCAGGAGAGACUGUUUUAGCAAGGAACUACAGUGGAGAACCUAAGUGGGUUUCUGCAACUGUUAUUGCUCAGACAGGACCGGUCUCCUACACCGUUCAGACAAAGGACAGUGUCUGGCGAAGACACGCCGAUCAACUUCUGCAGACUCCACCAGUGUCAUCAGAGCUGUUCUCUGGGGGUUCUUCAGAUGCACUUGUCAACAUGCCAAUUCCCUUUCCUGCACAAGAAGCACAGGUGGAUGACUCCGUCCGCAACAUCUGUGAUGUAUCACUGCAGGCUUUUGCCUACCAGAUGAGGGAGCUGGGACGACUGAUGUUGACACUUGUCCACACUCGCCGUCAUGUCUGGUUGGCACAGUCACCUCUGACGGAGGCAACUCGCAGGGUCCUUCGCCGGGUGCCAGCAGAACCUGGGGAGCUGUUUGGUUCUGCUGCUCUGGACGCACUGGACCACACCGCUGAGGCCGAUGAGACCAGGCGGCGGCUUCCAUAA